AUGUGCGUACGUGCCCUUCUCUACUGGAUGCUGUUGCUGCUGCUGCUGAGCCCCAUGCAACUCUUCAUUUCUCUCUUCCUCCACAGCUUUUCGAGUAAGCUCUGUCACAGCGCGAUUAUUCUCCCUGUGCUCAACGCCCUUCUCUUGCAACUCUCCCUGGCCCGCUAA